UUGCCUGGGUUGGGACUCCGUCUUCCUUGUCGUCUCCCUCCGUCCCUUCCCCGGCCGCCGCCUCCUCCUCCUCCUCCUCCUCCCCCUCCCCCAUUCCAUUAUUUCCAUCCAUCAGCAACACCCAGCACAGCCAAUCAAUUUCCCCUUUGGGAUCCUCUCUCUAUAUAUACUGGAGUGGCUAGUCAAAACCAAUCCAAUUCGGCUUUGGUUUCUCAGCUGCAGAGCAGACGGGCGGCGAUGCAGCACCGGCGCAAGCCCGCAUCCGCUGCGGCGCCGGCCGUCACCAAGCCGCCGCCCUCUCGCAGGCCCACCGCGCCGCUGUCGCUCGCGGGCCUCGUCGUCGCCAUCUUCCUGGUGGCCGUCUUCCUCUACAACGACGACGCCGUCAAGCCCACCGAGACCGUCGCAGUCGCGGGGCGGGCGAGGUCUCCGGACCUGCGGGUCCUGCACCAACAACACGACGAGGACGUGGAGGUGGAGGACCAGGUCGUGAGGGAUGGGGACGCCAACCACAAGCAAGCACAGACGGAGGACAAGCAAGCAGAGACGACGGAGGAGAAGCACCAACAACAACAGGUGGUGGUGCGGCUGCCGGCGGGUUGCGAUCUGUACCAGGGGCGGUGGACGUACGACGCGGCCGGGGAGCGGUCGCCGCUGUACCGGGAGUCGGAGUGCGAGUUCCUGACGGAGCAGGUGACGUGCAUGCGAAACGGCCGCCGCGACGACUCCUACCAGAAGUGGAGGUGGCAGCCCCACGGAUGCGACCUGCCCAGGUUUGACGCGUCGCUGCUUCUGGAGCGGCUGCGGAACAAGCGGCUCAUGUUCGUGGGGGACUCGCUCAACCGCAAUCAGUGGGAGUCCAUGGUGUGCCUGGUGCAGUCCGUCGUGCCCACGGGCCAAAAGACGCUGCAAAAGUUCGUCAACAACGGAUCGCUCAACGUCUUCACCGCGCACGAGUACAACGCCACCGUGGAGUUCUACUGGGCGCCCUUCCUGGUCCAGUCCAACUCGGACGACCCCCAGGUGCACAGCGUCAUGGACCGUGUCAUCGCCUGGCGCGCCAUCGCCAAGCACGCCAACAACUGGAAGGGCGUCGACUACCUCAUCUUCAACACCUACAUCUGGUGGCUCAACACCUUCGAGAUGAAAGUCCUAAAAGGAAGUGGUGCUCUGAGGAAUCAUAACAAGGGAGCAGCAGGAGGGUGGAGCAAGUACGCUCUGGUGGACCGGCCGGUGGCGUACCGGGAGGUGCUCAAGACGUGGGCAAAGUGGGUGGACCGCCACAUCGACCCCAACCGAACCACUGUCUUCUUCAUGGGCAUGUCGCCCAACCACAUCACGCCUUGGGCUUGGGGCAACGGCGGCGGCAUCAAGUGCGCCAUGGAGACGCAGCCGAUCGUGAACCGGACGGAGCCCCUCAACAUCGGCACGGACUGGCGGCUGCACGGCGUGGCGCGCGGGGUGCUGGCGCGGCACCUCCGCCGCGUCCCCGUCCACCUCGUCGACAUCACCGCCCUCUCCGAGCUCCGCAAGGACGCCCACACCUCCGUGCACACGCUGCGCCAGGGGAAGCUGCUCACCCCGGAGCAGCAGGCAGACCCCAAGACCUACGCAGACUGCAUCCACUGGUGCCUCCCGGGACUGCCAGACACAUGGAACCACUUCAUCUACGCCCGCAUCGUCUCCGCUCCUCCUCUUCCCCCCACAUCCCACUAGCUAAAGCUUCUAGUUUCCCUUCACCAUUCACUCUACUCUGCCUAGCUGCUAGUUCUUCUUUCUGUAAAGUAGCAAGUAAUUAACAAUUCUUUUGUUAGAGAAAGAAACAACCACCGCAGCACGUAAAACGUAACAGGUACAUACACAAACCGACGCACCAAUAUAAUUACGUACAUCGAAUCCAACAAGGUCACAUUCCAAUAAUGUAACUUCUAACUUUCUUAUUCAA